AUGUUUCAACAACUUGGUUAUAGGCUACGAUUGUUUCGUCGUCGUCACAAGUAUAUAUUUAUUAAUUCUAUAUUUUUGCUGGUCAUAAUAAUAUUUCUUUUAUAUUCAUACUGGAGUAAUCUUCCCGCUGAAGAUAACUCGGCAAUUAUCAAUGAAAAGGGUACAUAUCAUCAUUCAUUAUGGGAUUCCAUAAAUAUGGCUUUGUUUUCGCCGAAAACCAAACCUUUUGAAGAAAAGAAACCUCAAGUUAACCCAAAUAACAUUCAAGAAAUGGACGUCGAGUCUGAUCAUGUAUCAGGUAAACCUACAAAUACACAGCAUAAACAACAACAACAACUGAAGGUGCAGGUGUCGGAUGAAACUUACCAAUUGAAUUUGAAGCUAAUCAAUGAACAACAAGAAAAAUACAAUAGACUACACCCAUCUGAACAAAAAAGACUACAACAAGGUUACGAAUUUUUCGAUGAUAUUUUUAAAAUCUUUUAUCAAGCCAAACCCAGCGUUUCUCAAUUGAACACUUAUCCUUCUAAAAAUAGAAUAUAUCAUGCCCGAUUCGAUUCGUUGGCCAAUGACGAUACUAUAUUUAGUGAGAAAUAUUUAUCCCAGUUUUUACAAUUGAGUAAAGAAGAAUUGGCUGCCAUGAAGAAAUCUCACAAGUAUGUUGUUGAGAAUUUACCAGAGAAUGCCCCUGAUGGAUUGUACAAAAAGAACGGGAUUGUUUAUGUUGCUGGUGGAAGUUUCAAUUGGCUUACAUUAUUAUCGAUAAAGUCAUUGCGUGCAGUUGGAUGUCAUUUACCCAUUGAAGUAUUUAUUCCUAAAAUUGAAGAGUAUGAAUCUGAUUUGUGUAAUAGAAUAUUACCAGAAUUAGAUGCCCGUUGUGUAUAUAUGAAAAAUCAAUUAGUGAAUCCCAACAAAGGCAAUCUGGAGAGUUUUGCUAACAAGUUUGAAUUCAAAGGGUAUCAAUAUAAAGCAUUGGCAAUAUUAUUAUCGAGUUUUGAGAAUGUGUUGUUACUUGAUAGUGAUAAUAUCCCCGCACAUUCACCAGAAGAGUUAUUUGAGACCGAUCCGUUUAAGUCUUACGGGUUGGUAGUCUGGCCAGAUUAUUGGAAACGUGCUACGUCUCCAUACUACUAUAGCAUUGCUGACAUUGACAUUAGUGAAAAAUAUUUGGGUAGUAAGUAUAACGAGGUUGAAGGACAAUAUACUGAUUUAUCAGCUGAGAAAGGAUCAGUUGACUUGGAUAAAGUACCAUUGCAUCAACGAUUAGGAAGCAUACCUGACCCUACUAGUGAAUCAGGUCAAUUAUUGAUUUCUAAAAAGACCCAUUUAAAACCAUUGCUAUUAGCAUUAUAUUAUAAUUUGUAUGGACCAUCUCAUUAUUAUCCUUUAUUUUCACAAGGAUCAGAUGGUGAAGGUGAUAAAGAGACAUUCUUAGCAGCUACAGUUACACUAAACAAAAAAUAUUACCAAGUUGCAAAAUUCUUGGUGUCGUUGGGCCAUUUCAAAGUGCCUGGUGGUGAUUUUGAAGGAUGUGGAAUGGGACAAUUUGAUCCUCAACAGGAUUUGGAAUAUAUCAAGUUACGAGAACAAUAUGAAAAAAUACCAGAAAAGAAUAAAGAAAAACAGCAUCAAUUUAAACUACAGCAUCAAAUGUUGGAAAAGGGACCAGAGAUUUUAUUCGUGCAUGCUAAUUUCCCCAAAUUGAAUCCGUGGAAGUUAAAACAAGAGAAAAAAAUAUUUGAUGCUCAAGGUAAUCGAGUUAGAUUGUAUGGGCCAGGUAUGAUAAAAAGAAUUGGGUAUGAUUUUGAGCGGUUUCAAUGGGAAGGAAUGAAAUACUUGCUAUGUAUUUAUGAUGUUAAGCUACAAAUUUUCGAAGAUGUCAAAAAAUCAGAUUUAUGUGAUGAGAUUUUGGAACAUUUGAAAUUUUUGGAAAAAACACAGAAUAUAACAGAUUAA